AUGGGGAAAAUAUCGACUUUAAAAGUAAUCGUGGUGUAAACAAAGAAGCUGACGACGAAGUCCAGGUUGAUCUCUUGGUAAGUCGACAAUAUCUUACAGAAGCGUCCUAAAACAGUCUUUAAAAACAGUAAGCUACAGAAUCAUAAUGCUUACUGCACCAUAGAAUGGACAAUGGAGUAUGUGAUACAUGUACUCCCAACGAAACGUCAAGACGCUGUCUUCAGAUUUAAAGAUGUUCAUUUUCAAUUUUGUGUAUGCUGUUAGUGAUUAUAUAUGUCAAAUAAUUGAAUUUUUGAUUCAAACUGCACAACUGAUCUAAAUAAUUAAGAUGACUGUAAUUAAGAACAAAUUGAAAAGACAUCAAGUGGUAUGUGUAUAUGAAAUAUUAUUGUGACUGCAUGCAACUUCCGGUUAAAGAAAUGGCAGAAUCAAGUGCUACAGUGAAUUCUGGAGAGUUGACAGUAAAAGGAACUGUUGAUUGGACAUUCUCUGUUUUUGAGGAUGAAGACAGAGACUUCACAAACACUUGUCAUCGAACAAGAAAUGAAAAGAGCUUAGAAAGACAUAUUGAAGAGAAUGUAGAAGACAAGAAAACUGAUCAACCAGUGACUUUAAAGGAUGCCCCUCACCUGUACAAGGGGGAAAUAGAAAAUGACUUAGUAUUGCAGAAUAUAAAAGAGCUAAAUGAGCCCGUUGUAAAACGAGACAGGCUCCCAGACAAUGUUACCUUGCCUACAGAUUCUGGAUUCUAUUCUCAGAGUGAGGCUGCAUCAGAUUCCUUGGACAACACAUUGAUAGGAAAUGAAGAACAAUUUUCAACUGUCACAGAUGACAUUGAAAAUAGUAGCAAUCUUUCACUCCAAGUGCAAAUUUCAUCUAAUAAUAAUGAAAUUCCGAUUGAAGAAAUUUUAGAAGCGAAACAAACAACAACAAAUCAAAAAGAUGCCUGUGGAAAAGUCUUGCAACUUCUGAAACCAGAAGAUAGUAAAGCCAUCAGCAAAAAACUUAAGUGUAAUACUCUGUUUAAAACAAUAAUGACAGAAAUAACAAGAUUUUUUAAACAAAAAAAUUGUGAUAGAAGUAAGAGACUUCUUGCUUCAAUCCUAAAAUCAGCAAGAUCCGUAAAGAAACUUAUCUCAUUCAAAAACCUAUCAACAAUUCAUGUAUAUCCAUUACUUUGGAUGUAUAUGCAGGAUGUGCCAGAGAAUAUGAGGAUUGAAUGGCUAAGAGUCUAUUCUCUUUCUAGUUUCUCAUCUCAAAAGAUAUCAAGCGUGCUAUUAGCCAAACAUGGUUUUUAUUUUAACAAAGCCGAACGCAAAAUUAAAUGUUUUGCCUGUGACAAGAGUUACACUCAGGAGCAACUUGAAAAUACACUUGAUUGCAAUGCCAAGUUGCAGAAGAUAUUGCAUGAGGAGUGGUGUCUGAUUAUAGAUGACAAUAUUCCAAUAUACCAGGAUCCAGCCAAUAGUCUAGAAAUAUCUGAAGGUUUACCAUCCUGCAACAAAAGGAAAUAUAAAGAUGAACUUGGAAGGAUUAUCACCUCCAAUGGAGUCUGUGGUUUGAACACAUUUUUUGUUGAUCAAAAAAGUAUGUUGGAACAGUUCCCAGCCAUAUUUGAUGCAUAUCAAAACUACAGUACAGGAGAUGGUUCUGAUAAUCCAUUCAUGGCCAUUUUAAAUAUGCUGAGGAAAGGGAGGAGAAAUUCUGCCAGAGGAAUGAGGGAGAUUCUUAUACAUACAGAACUGAUAUCAGCAAGUGAAACAAACAUUGAACAGUUUCACUUUGAAUUGAUAAAUUUUGUAUGUGAACUGAUGAAAGGAAAAAUUAUAGUUAAAGGAAAAUGCAGUUGCACAGUGGAAAGAGUGAACAAGAAAGAACAGAUUUUUAUUGGGAGGUGUAAAUGCCACAAAUAUUCCGGUGAGUUUGUCGAUGGCAUUAGGAUUUUUCAGCAUUGGAUUGAUUGUCAUUUCACUGCCAGUUGCAUUGUAUGUGGGGACCAAAUCAGAUGGACAUUUCCAGAACCACCACCAUGCCUUUUCCUAAAACUACACCACUUAAACUUUAGAAUGGAGCAUUUACCAAAUGUGAUUUAUGUACUGGGCAAUAGAUACAGACUGGGUGCUAUUUAUGUGCAUGCCAACCAGCACUUUAUGGUGUGGGUGUCCAGACCUGGUGGAAUGGCAUUCUAUGAUGACAAUAAUGUGAUAAAAGAUGACAAGUUUUCAGCCAGAUUUGAUGACUUGAAGGAAUUUCCUGGAUGUGACAAACCAUGCUUGGCUUCUUAUUAUUUAAUGCCAUAAAUCUAGAAAUUUUUACUUUGAUUUCAUUUUGCGUAUCAGGCUCAAAAAGCUGUUAAUUUUUAUAUUUCAAAUUUUUGAAUUGUCAUCAGUGCUAAAAUUAAAAAGUGAAUAAAUUUUCAUUACAAUUUAAUACAAGUUUUGCAAGAACAAUCAGUCUCUUUAGGGGUUAUCUGGUGAAUUUAAUACUGAACUGCCCAAAGCCCCCCCCCCCCCCCCCCCCUCAAGUACCGUAAAUCUGGAAAUCUUUGCUGUAGAUAAAUUUUUAGCAAAUUUGCGAGUUCAUUGCAUUCGCAAAAAUAUUUUUCUUAAAAAUAAAUCCCCAAUAAGAAAAAGUAAACAAAGCAGUGAUCAUUCGCAAAAUUUUGAAAUGUAAAAAUCGAUCAACAGCAUUUUGACCCGAAUUCGCAAAAUAAAAUCGACGUAAAAAUUUCCAGAUUUACGGUAAUGGGCCAGUGAUGACCUGAUUUUCUUCCUUGACAUCCUUACGCUAUAAUCUGCUAAUGAAUGACCAAUAUUUGAAGGCAGUAUGUAUCUGUGCCAUGACAGUAUUUUUAUAAACAAUUCAUUUAGACAAAUUGUUUACAUGAUUCACAUACCCAUUUCCACUAGUGUAUUUCUUUUCUUAAUGUUGAGAAUUCCUUUUUUUUUAUUUUGAGAAUUCAAACUUUGAUUUAUUUAUAAUUAUAGUUAUUAUAUAUUUUAUGAAGAUAAGGGUUGAAAAUCUCCAUGUAGUUGGAAAUUAAAAAAAAAAAAAAGAAAUAUAUAUAUGUACCGGUACAUGUGUAAUUCUUC